AGCAAGAGAGCCGUAAAUCGUUGUGUUUGGGGCUGGAGGAGGUCAUUAGAAAGUGAGGAGUUAAAUAGGGGCUGGCUGUCAGGGAGAAGAGACCCUCGGUGUAGGUGUAGCUCUCAUGCUGGUGUAAGACAUACAUAUUAUUCACCAGCUCUGUAUAGUAUUCCAACCGCUGCGAAAUGCUUCGUCUGAUCCUGCGGCUCAGGCCGUCCUCCGGGCUCCGGUGUCCCCGUGCCCUCCCGGCCGGGCCUGCUGCGCUCAGCUCCCGCUCUGCUCCCGGAACCAGCUGUCUGAGACGGCUUCAUUAUGGAGCAGGGUCCCGAGCGGCCUCUCUGGGCUCCGGCUUCAACCACAGAGCGACUCUUCUGCGGUCUCCCCAGCUAGCAGGUGGAUGUCAGUGCAAGCGCUUCUACAGCCUGCCGCCACACCAGAAGGUGGAGCUUCCUGCACUGUCGCCCACCAUGCAGACAGGAACGAUCGCUCGCUGGGAGAAGAAGGAGGGGGAGAAAAUCAGCGAGGGUGACCUCAUAGCUGAGGUAGAGACGGACAAGGCCACUGUGGGAUUUGAGAUGCUGGAGGAAUGCUAUCUGGCAAAGAUCCUGGUUCCUGAAGGAACCAGAGAUGUCAACGUUGGAGCCGUGAUUUGCAUCACAGUUGACAACCCUGACUUGGUCUCAGCCUUUAAGGAUGUAACACUAGAUUCGAUCAAAGUAGCCGGUGCCACUCCUUCACCUGCUACCUCUGCGCCGCCUCCUCCACCUGCUGCUGCUGCGCCAGCUCCACCUGCAGCCCCUGGAAGCUCUUAUCCCGCACACUUAAAGAUCGCACUUCCUGCUCUUUCUCCAACCAUGACGAUGGGAACAGUGCAGCGCUGGGAGAAGAAGGUCGGAGAGAAGCUGAGCGAAGGAGAUCUCUUAGCUGAGAUCGAAACUGACAAGGCGACCAUUGGCUUUGAGGUGCAAGAGGAGGGGUAUUUGGCUAAAAUCCUGGUGGCGGAGGGAACCCGUGAUGUUCCCCUGGGCACGCCGCUCUGCAUCAUUGUAGAGAAGGAAAGCGACAUUGCCGCUUUCAAGGAUUACGUUGAAACUGGGGUGGUUGAGGUUUCCACACCACCUCCACCUCCAGCACCGGUCGCAGCUCCAGCUGCUGCAUCACCCAGUCCUGCUCCAGCAGCAGCAGCUGCUGCCCCUGCAGCACCCAGGAAGGGUCGCGUGUUCGUCAGCCCGCUUGCCAAGAAACUCGCUGCUGAGAAAGGAAUUGACCUGGCCCAAGUCAGCGGCUCUGGCCCUGAUGGACGCAUCACCAGGAAGGAUAUUGAGAACUUUGUUCCACCAAAAGCUGCACCUGCUGCUCCAGCUGCUCCUGCAUUUGCACCAGCCCCUGCUGCACCAACUGGCACCUUCACAGACAUCCCUAUCAGCAACAUCCGCAAGGUCAUUGCUCAGAGGUUGAUGCAGUCCAAACAAACCAUCCCCCACUAUUAUUUGUCUGUAGAUGUCAACAUGGACCAAGUGCUUGAGCUUAGGAAAGAACUCAACGCUGAGGUGAAAGCCCAGAAUAUCAAACUUAGUGUGAAUGACUUCAUCAUCAAAGCUAGCGCUCUGGCCUGCCUCAAGGUUCCCGAAUGCAACUCGUCCUGGAUGGACACAGUCAUUCGUCAGAAUCACGUGGUGGAUGUGAGUGUGGCAGUGAGCACAGCCAGUGGCCUCAUCACGCCCAUAGUGUUUAACGCCCACAUCAAAGGACUGACCUCCAUCAGCUCAGAUGUGAUGGCUCUCGCUGGCAAAGCAAGAGACGGCAAACUGCAGCCUCACGAGUUCCAGGGAGGUACAUUCACGAUCUCCAACUUAGGCAUGUUUGGCGUCAAGAACUUCUCGGCAAUAAUCAACCCUCCUCAGGCUUGCAUCCUCGCUGUCGGUGGCUCAGAGAAACGCCUCAUGCCUGCUGACAACGAAAAAGGGUUUGACGUAGCCAACAUGAUGUCGGUGACGCUGAGCUGUGACCACCGGGUGGUGGACGGCGCGGUCGGUGCACAGUGGCUCGCAGAGUUCCGCAAGUUCCUGGAGAAACCCGUCACCAUGCUGUUGUGACGAGACUGUACUGCCAUCAAACUGCAGCAACAGGCAGAGGCUUCUCACUGAAGCGAUCCGAUUGGUCUAAACUGGUCUGGAUCCUCCUGUGAUUGGCUGGCCCUGGCACCAGGUCACUCCCUGUUACCCAGAAGGGGAAGAGGCAGAACUCACUCCGCUUACUUGUCUGUCUCGCUUUCUUUCCUAUCGAUCUGUCUCUUGCGCUUUCUCACCUAUACUCUAUUUAUUGUGGCCCCCAUCACACGAGACCAGAAUUGGGAGCAACUUACCCUAGAAGAGCAACUUGCUGUGCGUCACUAAAAAGGGAAGUGUUACAUGUCAAACCAGAGAGCAAAUCUAUCCCGUGAACCCCUAUUUCUGCCAACUUCCAUACGGGAAUCUGUGAAUGUUAGAAAACAGGAAAUGCUAUUUGUGAAUAAAAGAUUUAAGAUGUUUGUCUGCUUGUAGGGGAUCUAAAUGUUGAGGUUCACACAGAUCUACACACCUGUCCCUGCUCAAUGAUCCCAGACACUCAAAAUACAAGAUGUUUUCUGUAGGGGAGGGUUGAAGCUAGGGUUAUGUAUAUUCACUGUGGAUGAACAGAGUUGUAUGUGUAUAUUUGUAUAUGGUGGUGAGAUGUUUGGUAGAAAUAAUCAAGCUCUUGGAGACCUCACCAUAUAACUUAUUAACUGUAUAGCUCAAAAUGAAAAAGGCUGCCCUUACAGGAAAUAUCGAACGGUUUUGCCAAUUCUCUCUUCAGUGGGGAUGUUUUGUUUUCUAGUCUCAAACAUUCUGUAUUUCACAGCUGGAACGCACAAAGCUGGUGCUGGAUGUUAUUUGUAAUUUGAAUAAACUGGGUGAAGACAA